AUGGCCUGGGACUCCCUGUGCAGCAGGGACUUACUGCGCCCCAAGAUAAGAUGCGCCUCAAGCCGGACGCCUGGCAGCCAGAGCAGUGCCGGAACGCCGUCCCUGGAGGAGCUGCGGCGCCUGCUCUGGACACGCACAUACCCCAUGGGACACGUGGAUGAAGUCUGGCCAAACCUUUAUGUGGGAGACCUGUAUGUUGCACGUGACAAAGCACAGCUGAGCCAAAUGGGCAUCUCCCAUGUUGUGAAUGCCGCUGCCGGGCGAUUUCACAUUGACACCGGACCCAAGUUCUACAAAGACUUGCCUGUGGAUUACUAUGGAGUAGAAGCUGAGGACAACCCAAACUUUGAUCUCAGCGUUUACUUCUACCCAGUUGCUCGAUACAUAAGAGCAGCACUGAAUUCCCCAAGAGGUAAAGUACUAGUUCACUGUGCUAUGGGAAUCAGUCGAUCUGCAACUCUUGUCCUUGCUUUCUUAAUGAUCUGUGAAGAUAUGUCCCUCGCUGAUGCAAUUCAGACUGUGCGCUCACACAGAGGGAUCUGCCCCAACUCUGGCUUCCUCAGGCAGCUUCGGGAACUGGACCUCCAGUUAGGAAGGGGAAAAGGCAGAGGAGCAGAGGCCUGCUAG